AAAACAAACGGCUUAUAGGAAUAAGUGACAUGACUCUCUACACAGAUACAAGACUUAAUUUUAUUGAUAAUAAUGUCGUCACCACAUUAAGCUCUUGGCAUCCUGUACUACCAUUUUUAGCUGUUGGCUCUUAUAACCAGGAUAAAGGUGGAUUCGUUACCAUUUUUGAAGAAACUGGCCAUGCUUUAGAGGGUUGUGAUUGGCCAGUGCUGUUAUCAAACCAAGUGACAGCUUUAGCUUGGCACCCUGUAAGAAAAUUGUUAGUUGUGGGUUGGGAUGGAGGUGAAUUGUAUAUCUGGCUUGAAUACUCAUGGGCUAGACUGGAAGCACCACACAAUUCAGCCUUAACAACAGUCACUUUUAGUCCUGGAGGUGGUAGGCUCCUGGCUUCAGAUGCUGCUGGCUCGUUGUCAGGAUGGCAGGCAAGUUCUGGAGCUCCUUUGACAGCUUUUCACCAUCAAUUGGGUGAUAUCAUAACUCAUGUAAAAUUCUGUGCUCCUCAUCCUACAUCAGAAUCUUCCAUAAGAGGCUUGGCAAGAGCAGCAGUUGCAGGUGAUGAAAAUGCCCUGGAUGCUCUGGCUGCUUGGCGACCUCGUACCACAGCCAAGCUGAGAGAAGGAAUUCAACCUGAUAACCAUGCCUGCUACGCUGCUCAGGAUAAUGGAGUUAUAUUAUAUAUUGAUCAUGCUGGAGCCUGUUCAGAAGUUUUAAAUUCCCCAGGCAAUAUAGUAUUUAUGGAUAUUCUAAGCACUGUAUAUCUGCUUGUUGCUUGGGAGACAGGUGGUGCUCUUAGCCUAUCUAGAUUUGCUAUAUCAAAUGAUGGUUCAUUGGCUACAGAUACUCAUGUUAGAAUGACUGCAAGGAAUGGUCAAUCUAUAGUGCUAGCUGGAAACUUUUGUGUAGCUGUCAUCACAGGAGACAACUUAAUUAGAAUUUGGGAUAGUGAGACUGGAGACAAUGAUGUUUUACCUAAUGAAGGUGAUGAAACUAUCCCAGGAGAUGUGUUUACAAGUAUAAGUUAUUGUAAUUUAAGUGAUACAUUAUGCUGCGGUACCUCACAAGGAAAUUUGUACUUGUGGAGACGGGACCAUAGAAGUAAGUGGAAAUUAAUCAGUAGCACCUCUGUCAAAGGUACAGUAAAAGAAGUAACCUGGGGCUCAGAAGGUUUAAUGAACCCAUUACUACAUGUUAACUGCAUUACUAAUGCAUUUAUACUUCGAGAACAAAAUGUUUGUUGGGGCUAUUCCAAUAAUACUUGGAUGGUACAAAAAUCUGCUCAAGAAGUUGCUAUUACAGGAAAAACUAAUAUAUCAUCAAGCAUAAAUACAUCAAUCACGAUAAAGGCAUUUGCUUUCAAAGAUAAUUAUGUUGUUUUAGGUGAUGGUAAAGAUGUACAAGUAUGGAUGCGCAAUAAAGAUAAUGAAUACAUGUUUUCGUUAAUUCGUACAUUUGCAUGGAAAACAGAUGUUCUUAUAUUAUAUAAUGAUCUGAUAGUUGGUAUUGUAAGUCCUCAUAUUGAAUGCUUCAGCAUUACUGGUAAUAAAAUAGGAAUACUUCCUACUACCGAAGGAGAAGGUGAACCAAUUGCUAUAACAAAUACAAAUAAAUACAUAGUUAUUGCUACUAUUGAUGGGACAAUUAAAUUAGCUGAAAUAACAAAAAAGGGCUUAAGAAUGCCAUUCCCAUCCAAAAACUGCUAUCAGAUGAUUGAAGAUUUUGGCGAAAUCAUGAGAUCAUCAGUUAAUGCUUCAGGUGUUUUUAUUUGUUUGAGCAUUGCAAACGCAGGAUUGGCUCCUGAUCCCAGGAUAUAUUUAUGGGAUGUAGCAAAUGACGUGAUCAGUAGCACCCUAUUAGCAGAUGCUAAUUCAGCUCCAUAUCACAGUGUGCCUAUUGCAAUAUUAUGGGAUAAUAAUGACUCUCGUCUUGUAGGUGUACAUAUGCGUUCUGCGGAUUUAGAUCAUAUUCAUCUAUUCUUUUGCCAUGACAGUAAACUUUUUGAGUACAAAAACUGGUGUCCCAUCUCUGAGGAUUACUUUUUAUCUGAUUUUAUAUUAUGUACUGUUUCUACACCUUAUGUUAUUAUUUUAACACAACAAAAUAUUAAAAGAAUAUUAAUGAACGAGUUCGAAGACUCGAAUGGCUAUGAACAAGCCAAAGUGAAGCAAGUGAUUAAUUUUAUUUAUUACAUGACAACAGGGCAUUUAGAAAAAGCUGUUGUUAUGGGUUCCAAUAUCACUGGAAGCAAAAACUCCGUAGUAUGGGAUAGCCUUGCUAAAGUGUGUGUAUCUUUAAAACGAGCGGACGUUGGAGCUAUUUGUUUAGGUAAAAUGGGAAAUAUAAAAGGAGCCUUAAUGAUGCGCAAAGUUUUAAGCGACGAUAAUAUGGACGAUACAUCUAGAGUCGGAGUCCUGGCGGUUCAUUUAGGCAUGAUUGAAGAAGCAGAAAAACUAUUUCGUGAAGCUCAGAGGCCGGAUUUGAUCACACGUCUUGUGUCGGCAAAAGAGGGAGGAUUAAAUGAAAUAAUAAAUGGAGAAAAAGAUGGAGAAAAUAUGCUUCUAAUAAAAAGUGCACAACAUAAACUUGCAAAAGUUUUAUGGGCAAAUGGUGAAACUAGUGCGUCGCUGAAGUUAUUCGAAAGUGCUGGUACCAUUGUGCCUCACGUGCCUAGAAUGCUUAUAGCUCAAGGUCAAGCUUCUGUUCUAGCUCAAUAUGUUGGUUCGUCGACCGAUAGCAACUUAAUUACGUGGUGGGGACACUAUCUUGAGAGUAUCGGUGACUUAGACGGUGCGUUAGAAGCCUAUACGAGGGCAAAUGAUUUCGGAGAACAAACUAGAUUGCUGUGUCACAUGGAUAGGAUAGAUGAAGCGGAAAAAUUAUGUUUAAAAAAUUCGUCAUCUUUAUACCAAAUGGCUCGUUACUUAGAAAUGAAUGCUAAUGAAAUGGAAAAUGCUGUUAAGAUGUAUAUAAAGUGCGGGGCUAUAUCAUCUGCUAUACGAGUAGCAGCAGAGGCUGGUGCAUGGAAUCUCGUUUGGCGUGCUGGUAGUUCAUCGGCGAAGCACGCACUGUACGCUGCCUCUAUUCUUGAAAACGCUGGCCAAAAUGAACAAGCCAUUGCUUUAUAUCAAAAAGCAGGAAAAGCUCAUAUGGCGUUGAAAUUAGCGCUCAGCAGUGGGGAUACGAACGCAAUGGUGGCUGCCGUAGAGUCGCUUGGAGAUCGAGUUGAUCCCGACCUGGCACAAACUUUAGCAGAGCAUUUAAGACAAGCCGAUCAUCAUUCGCACGCGGCUGCUCUGCUGGCUACAGCGGGAAAUUACGAAGAAGCGUUGGACAUAGUCGAGCAGUCUUCGGCGCCAUUGUCCGAGGAGUUGAGUGAGAGGCUCGCGGCGCCGGCGGGCACCUCGGGCAGGGACGCUCUAUUGCGGCGACUGGCCGAUGUUCUGGGCACGCGCGGCCUAUACCACCAGGCGGCUAAGCGACUGGCGCACAUUGGAGACAAGGCAGGCGCGUUGCGUUGGCUAAUGCGUUCUGGCGACGCGGACCGCAUCGCAACAUUCGCUGCGGCCAGCCGCGAUCGCAGCACUCAGCUCUUGGCCGCAGACUACCUGCGCAGGCGCGCCCCUUGGCGCACCCGCCCCGACUUGGCGCGCCACAUCCUGCACUUCUACACGAGGGCGAAGGCCUAUGGGAAGCUAGCUGCUUUCUAUGCUGAGUGCGCCAAAAUGGAAAUCGACGAUUACGAAAACUAUGAAAAAGCGUUAGAAGCUCUUAAGGAAGCAACCCGAUGCGUCGCGAAGUCAUCAGAUGAUGAAACAAGCGCACAGACGAUCGCACUUCAGGAGCAGAGUACAUUUGUCAAACGAUUCCUUGACGUGAAGAAAGCAUUGCAAAGUGGAGAAAUCAAUACAGGAAUAACAAGCGGUCAGCAACUCAUUCACGCGGUAAGCGGGAGGCCCGGAUUGAUUUCGGAAGAAAAAGUCCUUAGGCUACUGGUGCAAUAUUCCGCCGAACAUCCUGAUGGAGAAAAAUUGGAAAAACAAUUGAAUGUUUUGCAGCAACCAACUAAGGAAGAUCCUGAGAUGACAGAUUCACCCGAACAAAGUAUUGAAGAAGUUAUUUGAAUACAAUCCUUGGUUAAAUAUAAAUAAUAA